GCGAGCGAGAGGGCCGGGGGGAGGGUGGGGGAUGGCGCGGACCCCGGGGCCGGCCCCGCUGUGUCCCGGAGGCGGCAAAGCACAACUUUCCUCCGCUUCUCCCCCCGGGGCCGGGCUCUUGCUGCCACCCCCGACGCCGCCGCCGCUACUGCUGCUGCUCUUCCCGCUGCUGCUCUUCUCCCGGCUCUGUGGUGCCUUAGCUGGGCCAAUUAUUGUGGAGCCACAUGUCACAGCAGUAUGGGGAAAGAAUGUUUCAUUGAAGUGUUUAAUUGAAGUAAAUGAAACUAUAACACAAAUUUCAUGGGAGAAGAUCCAUGGCAAAAGUUCACAGACUGUUGCAGUUCAUCAUCCUCAGUAUGGAUUCUCUGUUCAAGGAGAAUAUCAGGGAAGAGUCUUGUUUAAAAACUAUUCACUUAAUGAUGCUACAAUUACUCUACAUAACAUAGGAUUCUCUGAUUCUGGAAAGUACAUAUGCAAAGCUGUUACAUUCCCGCUUGGAAAUGCUCAGUCCUCUACAACUGUAACUGUAUUAGUUGAACCCACUGUGAGCCUGAUAAAAGGGCCAGAUUCUUUAAUUGAUGGAGGAAAUGAAACGGUAGCAGCCAUUUGUAUCGCAGCCACUGGAAAACCAGUUGCACACAUUGACUGGGAAGGUGAUCUUGGUGAAAUGGAAUCCACUACAACUUCUUUUCCAAAUGAAACGGCAACAAUUGUCAGUCAGUAUAAGCUGUUUCCAACCAGAUUUGCUAGAGGAAGGCGAAUUACUUGUGUUGUAAAACAUCCAGCCUUGGAAAAGGACAUCCGAUAUUCUUUCAUAUUAGAUAUACAGUAUGCUCCUGAGGUUUCAGUAACAGGCUAUGAUGGGAAUUGGUUUGUAGGAAGAAAAGGUGUUAAUCUCAAGUGUAAUGCUGAUGCAAAUCCACCACCCUUCAAAUCUGUGUGGAGCAGGUUAGAUGGACAGUGGCCUGAUGGUUUAUUGGCUUCAGACAAUACUCUUCAUUUUGUCCAUCCAUUGACUUUCAAUUAUUCUGGUGUUUAUGUCUGUAAAGUGACCAAUUCCCUUGGUCAAAGGAGUGAUCAAAAGGUCAUCUACAUUUCAGAUGUUCCAUUUAAGCAGACCUCCUCCAUAGCCGUAGCUGGCGCCGUAAUUGGAGCCGUCCUUGCCCUUUUCAUCAUUGCUAUCUUUGUGACUGUGCUGCUGACUCCUCGAAAAAAGAGACCAUCCUAUCUUGACAAAGUGAUCGACCUUCCACCCACACAUAAACCACCUCCUAUGUAUGAAGAACGAUCUCCCCCUUUGCCUCAAAAAGACCUUCUAUAUCAGACCGAACACUUGCCUCUGCAGACUCAGUUCCGAGAAAGAGAGGUGGGCGGCCUCCAGCACUCUAAUGGGCUAAGUCGCAGGAGAGUGGACUAUGAAGAUGAGAAUCCUGUGGGGGAAGCUGGGAUCCAGCAGAUGUGCCCCCUUUACAAUCAGAUAUGCCAGAAAGACCGGAGCCCGGGCAAGCAUCGUCAAAGCAACGACCCUGAGAGAGUGUACAUCAACCCCCGAGAACAUUAUGUGUGAUUUCCCUCUUUUUUUCCCGGUGGACGUCCUAACGAAAUGUUCGAUCUUCGACUGGAGAGAGAAACUGAGGACAGUGGUUCUUAUCUUAUUCUCCCUCGUGUAAAACAAUCCCAGUUUAUGUGUAUCAGAAGUCGCGAUGAAUGGCUUCAAGCCAAUAGCAACUUGGUUUCCUUCAUUAAGAGUUUCUUAGCCACCGGCUGUGUUUGUGAACUUGACUCUAGCUUUGUGUGUUUCUGUGAUGAUAGUGUUUAACUACUAACAUUUGGCCUACAGCGGCACGUUCAUUGAAACAUAGAAUAUCUGCCUGUGAUGGCAACAGUGAUUCUCCAGAAAGGAAGGCCCCAGCUGGGAGUGUUAACUUUGUAGGGUUUCAGGAAGGCCAGCCUAUUUAUCUGUAACUCAAGCGAGCAGGGGGGAAAAAAAAAAAAAAAAAAAAAGGAGUUCAAAAUCCAUUUCACUAAUUAUUUCACUGGGAUUUGGCUUUCCCUGAUGUGCUUAAUGCAAUUACAAUACCUGUGUACAAACAGGAGGCCUGAGGAAAGAGGCAGAAUUUGCUCUUUAUCCCAAAAAACAACAACAGAAAGCAGUUUAAACCUUCAAGCCUGUUGGUUGCUUUUAAAGUCUUGUGAUAAUUGGAAUAUAUGUUCCUUCUUGAUCACUAAGGUCCUGAGGGAUACAAAUUUCGCGCCGUUCUCUGACCAGUCUCGAUUAGCUGUGUGCUAAGACUCUUCUCUUGCCCUGUUGUUGUUCCCACAGUUCUGUUAUUUCCUAGCCAGAUUAGCCUAUUUCCCACCUAUUAAAUUCUAAAAGCCUCAUCUAAAUGGUGGACGGCCUUGAGCCCUGUCCCUCUUUGCUGUAGUAUUGUAUAUGACAAGCUCAGCUUUCACUUCUGAAAUUCCUUUCCAGCUAAUCCUCUCCACACAGGCUUCAGCUACCCUCUGCUUCUUCAGACUACUUCUCAUCCAUGUUUUAUCUACCUCAGAAAAGCCUGCUGCAAAAUCACCGUGAAAUAACUCCUGCUCUUAAGAGCCAGGUAGAAAAUUUGAAAAUUAAAAAAAAAAAAAAAAAAAAAAAAGAAAGGGCAAUAUGGCCUAUGUGCUAAACCCCCAUGUUAUCCUUUAUCCUCCCCCAGCCCCAAGUUUACCCAGUCAACAAGGGUGAAGAGAUGCUAAAAAGCAAAUAAUAUAGUGACAGACUUACCGGUGCAACACUUUGGUGCCUGCAAAUGUCUGUCUUGAGUUUUCUCACUUCCCUUUGCCAAUGUAUCCCCACGGAGAUUGAAGGUAGUAAUUAUAAUGGAGGGAGCAGAGGAGGGGGGCCCAGGUACAUGCGCAAAUGUCAAUCACUCUUUUCACAUCUUAAGGAAAGCAUUGUUUUACUGUGUGUUCUGGAAGAUGAGAGGUAUGUCACAGAUAUUAAAAACACUACCGACUUGUCACAUAUUAGGAAAGAAUGACAUAAGGACUAAUAAAAGAGUACACAUUUCCAACCGAAGUUUCAGGAGGACGGGAGAAUAUUAACACAGAUUUCUAAUGAGAUACCAAAGACACCUUGUGAUUCACGUUGUGCUGGCUCUCGUUCUUGUUUGUAUGUUGGUUUCCUUUUUUUAGUUGCUGUGCUUUUUCGGACGACUUAUCCAGGUCAUUCUACCGUCGUCACACAUUCUGCCCCUGUUGUCUUGGUGAGCGACAAUUCUGGCAGUAAAGACGCUUAAAUUCUAACCCAAUGCUGUGGCAAUUUAAAAGGCCAUAGUUGUAUGGAAUUAAAGGGUAAAUUCCAAGGACCGCAUUGCUCUAUCACUGUCCUACCUCAGUUAGAGUUUACUGCCCUUUGUAGCAAGCUGACACAAAACAUACUUGACUUCAUUUCCAUGGAAUCCCAUCAGCGAAUUAGUGUGGCUGAAGGUUCGUGAAUCCUUGCCACUGUUUUCCAACAGAAAGAUGACUCUGGUCAGAGUUCUCCUGGAGAGUGAAGUGUUUUUAUAAAUACUAGAUGUUACAGAGGAGGAGAUUCAGUGGGACGUACUUCCUUUAAAAAGCUUUAAAAAUGUCUUCCACGUUAGGGAUGGUUUCUAAGGUCCUGCUGAGAAGCAGCUUGUUGAAUUAGCAUCACAGAAGUUUAUAUUGAACCUUGAAGGCAGUAAAGAGGUGUCUGUUUGCACUAGAUAUGGAAGAGCUGGGUUUUCGGAGCCAUUUGGCCUGUCUUCAGAGCCGUCCCUACCAAGAAGAACCCCCUAUAUAAUUUUUAACAUUCUUGGUGCAGUUCCAGAAAAGAAAUUUCAGGGUAUAGACACCCCUCUUACAGACAGCUUCUUCAGUAUCCUCUUUGCUUCUCUGUCAGCUGUAAUAGUUUUUAACAAACUGGUAGAUUCUAUAGCUGUUGGCCUUUUCCAUGGGUCAGAUAAGCUGUAUAAUUGCUUGUCCUGGUGUCUCCUGUCUGUCCUCUCUGAAUACUGAGUGCAACAGAAAGGAGCUUUAAAAGGGUUGGAUCAGGGGCGCCUGGGUGGCACAGUCGGUUAAGCGUCCGACUUCAGCCAGGUCACGAUCUCGCGGUCCGUGAGUUCGAGCCCCGCGUCAGGCUCUGGGCUGAUGGCUCAGAGCCUGGAGCCUGUUUCCGAUUCUGUGUCUCCCUCUCUCUCUGCCCCUCCCCCGUUCAUGCUCUGUCUCUCUCUGUUCCAAAAAUAAAUAAACGUUGAAAAAAAAAAUUAAAAAAAAAAAAAUAAAAGGGUUGGAUCAGCCAGUCCCUCAACCAAAAAAACGCCAUCCAAAAUUAGUCUGUCGAUCUCUCAAUUUGGAGCUUAGACUACUUGUUGAUCCCCAUUUAAAUUUGGAAGUUAGACUCUUAAAGGUCAGUGAGUGUUAAAAUCCACAGCUGAUAGGAGAUACUCUUCCCAUAACUGGUUUACUAAAACACAAUGAAACAGAAAUAAAUCCCCAGAGCGCUUAUCCACUUAGGGCCGCAGCUUAACAUUUCAACGGGGGGCGUGUGCUGCAUCUCAGACACGCAGCCUUUGCCGCCUGUUUUGUAGGCAGCCCAGCUCCGGGAGUGUGCACUGUGGCCACAGGAGUGGGUCCCCAGGUUCUUUGCACACCACUCCAGAGUAAAGCAUCUGUACCAUCUAGGAUCGGCCUGACGUAAUGGGAUGUGAGUUUAGAUUAAUUCUCUUCUAUGAGGGUUCUCCUGGCCUUCUUCUGUUUUCUAAGUUUGAAGAAGUCUAUGCUCUUUGGACUUGUAACAAAACUCUUAGCCUGUGAUAGACCGCCCUGUGGUGGUGGAUACUAACAACAUGUCCUAGAAAGUAAAUGAACUGGUUACCUCAUUAAUUUUUUAUGGCCUUAUUUACUCAUAAGGAUAGUACAGUUUCUUUGUCUUCUGAGGAUGAUUUCCUAAAUUCUCUUUCAUAGUCAUCGAAAAUUGACUUUUAUUUUUCGUUGUACAGUCUUGCCCUGCACUGGGCUGGUCUCCUCGUACUAUUCUUUAUAUAUAAUAGAGCCCCCCUUCAAGGGUCUUAUUCCCUGGGGUGUAGAGGACAGACUAUUACACCAGGAACCAAAAGAACAGAUUCUCCCAACUUCACCCUUUCUAGCCAUGGAAACUUAGACAAGCCACUUAAUCUCUCUAGGGCAUCAGUUGCUCUAUCCAUAAAGGUUACACCUUCCCUGUCAGCCUCUCAGGAAUGUGAGAUAGGAAACCGUAAGCUCCCUUCAAACUGAAAACACCUUCUAUUAUUCUUCUAUGUUGAACCUAAACUUCCAGUGCCCUCACCAGCACUGGGGAGAACCAGGUGGUAACAGGCAAAUUUCAGUUUGACCCAAUUUGAGUAUAGCCAAGUCCAAGUGGCACUUGUACUUUCUUUUACUAUAAUAACUAUUUUGUCUUAUGGAAAGCUUGAUAUCUGGGCCUUAACCUUUUAGGCCUUGUCUAAAAUUGCAAGCGUAUGUUGCUGUAUAACCGGUGGCUGCUCUUGGUUUACAGAUCACUACACAUAACAGUGACAUUAUUGAGUUUGUAGCAUGGUCAGGGCUCCCGGACAAGAAUCUUACAUGAAUCCCCUCACGGAUGAGGACCAAACUCUUGUUUUGUCCCCCUUCCAGGGGAUGGAAAGUCUCACACUCCUAUGAGGCACACCCACAGGUCAUGCUAACCACCAGCCGGCUGUUACUUCUUUAAAAUCUGCUUUGGGGGAGUGAUGCUAGGGAAUACAUUUUGUUGAUUGUUUAGUAGACGUGUAAGGAAAUACACUGGGGAAAAUAUAUAUAAGAAAUGUUAAGAUGAAAGGAAGUGACUAUGCUCAUUUUUACUUAGUUUCUGAAGUUCUCAAGAUGCUCAGAAAGGCUCAUCUCCAUUAGAUUAACCAUAGCUGCAAAAACAAUCAACCAAGCAGUUAAGGCCACUCCAUCCCAGCUGGUUCGGUUUUAGUGGGCACCAACUUUAACGCCUCUUCCUUAACUUUGUUCUUUGAUACACUGAUUGCUCUAUUUAGUGCGUCCCGCCUUUAUUGAACUCCCAGGAAGUAGUGGCACUCUUACAGUGGAUAGAGGGAAAACUAGCUAGCUUUGGUAAAAAAAAAAAAAAAAAAAAAAAAAAGAAGACGACGAAGACAAAGAAGAAGGAGAAGAAGAAGAAGAAGAAGAAGAGGAGGAGGAGGAGGAAGGGUAUGAAGUAGAAAUGCCAAGUAGGCUGGCAGUGACUCAGCUCUGUGCUUAACUGACAAGGUUCUUCAUCCUUGUACUGUUUUGUAGAUCUUGGAGGAGGACCAGGGACUUCGAGUUCUUCUGAUAAACUAGAAGCUGCUAUUUACAAGCCUAUUCAACUGUAGACUGUGCCUGGGUUAAUUUUACUGUACCUAUAAGGAUAUUUGUGUCUCCUCCAUUAAAGAAAAUUGUUGGCCACUGGACUUGGCCGGUUUGGCCACUUGCAAUUGUUAGGUUGUUUUAGUAGCCUUCGGUAGGUAGAGGUGGGUGAGGCCUGUAGCUCUUCUCCCCCACCCGCCCCCCAACCUCACCAGAUGAUAUUUUACACUGGAAUCAGCUUUUAGACCAAUUUCUGCCUCAUUCAUGUUUAUAAGCGAGCAGGUAUCCUGUACCAGUCAGCCUGUUAAGCUGUAAGCUUGAAAAUGUCCCAACUCUGUUCUUCUGGGCAACCCAACAAUAUCUGAUGCAAAGGUUCUACGAGAAGCAAAUCCAGCAAUACUCCAGUGUAUUCACUGUCAGGCGACCCAAUUCUGUUUUAACUGCUAGCGACAGAACAGGUUAGUAAUCUAGGAAUCCAGGGUCAGUGGGCUGCUGGAGCCUCACACCUGCCGAUGGAAAGGCUGGGUGAAGUUCACUGCACUAUUUGGCCUCUACUAAUUAACACUACUAAUUUGACCAUUGAAAAGAAUUACUUAUUAACAAGGUCUCUGGUGUUUAAUUACUGAUAAAGCUCUUGUGGUAGAAGCCUCUGAAGAGACUGGAGUUUUUCAAAUGCUAACAAACCUUUGGAGGAUGUUGUUCCUCAAGUAAAAUUCUUCAAAUGUUAACUAACCAUUCCUAGUGUGUAUAGUAAGGCUAAUAAACAUAUGCCUAAACAAUGUAAAUUACAUAGAGUGUAACGGGAUUUGUUAAGGAUUCCUCACGUUAUCGUACCUGUUGGCAUUUCUCCUUAGUGGCAAUCUUUCCUUUCUUGCAGGGGGGUGUGGGGGGGAUUCUGGGGAGGUGGUAUGUGAGAGACAGAUGGGCAGAGGGGAGAGGGGUCCGCUUAAAAUUUGCAGCUGAAAAAAAUUUUUCCAUUCACAAAUGCAAAAAGAACCCUCACGUCUGCAAACAUUUCACUAUUUCAGGCCUAUGUUAUAUUUACUUUAAAAUCAUCUCUGCAAAAAGGUUAGAGGUGGGAAAAGAAAGGCCAUACUUACCUUGACAGUCAAAAUACAUAAAAUAUCAGGUUGAUUUCUACUGCAUUUUCAUUACUAAGUUAUUCUCAAGUUUCAGUUUGAUUUUGGAAGUUUGGAGCGGAGUGCACUAGGAUAAAAGAGCAUAUCAAAAAUUCAGAUGACACUAAAUAUCUUUUUAUCAUACAUUAUCCACUGAGACCCUGAUGUGGAAGUUCUUUCUGUAUCUCAGGGAGGAGGGAAACCACCACCGAUAAAUAAAAGGACUCUUCAUGCCAAUGCUUGGGAAUAAAUCUCUUCCCUCGGUCCCUUCCCAAGAAUAUUCUAAUCAGUGUUUGGGGGCUAUGGCCAUGAUAUAUAUGUAUCAAGUUACAUACCUCCUUGCAUAAAAAAGAACUGGCUCUAUUCUAGAUUCUUUACGAAAAGUUGCCCUCUUGAGGUCUUUUCCAGCACUUGUCAUUUCCAGUUUUCACUAUCAGGGCCCCUAUGGCCCAGAGGAUCCUUGGUAUCAUGACCUAAACCGGUUGUAUUUAUCAUCAUGACAUGGGAUUGGACUGUGACAGUGGGUUAGAGGGACACCCAGAGGGAAAGCCUCCCUGGGAGGCUUCCAGAACAUCAGAUUUGCUACAGCGGCUUAGAACUGUGACCCAUUCUGCUACAAAUCUGUCUGACAGCCAUGAAGAGAUGCUUCAUGUGUCUCCCCCAAAGGUUAGGAAUAUACUUCAAACGUUCCUAAUGUCCCAUAAUAACUCACAGUGGAUCUAUGAAGCCCAGGGUUCCACAUGCUUUUCCAAGAGAAUGGGCACCACUGUUUUGGUCUUUAAUACUGCUGCCGAUAAUGACCAGUAUUUUUUCUUAAUCCACCCUAACACUGAUGAGGCUAAAUUACAUUCCCCUCGCAAGUCAUGUUGAUGGCUCGGUGUUUAUCAUAUUUUAACUAGAGGCAGCGGUAUUUUGUCCUAAAUGCAUUAGUUUGCACUUCCCCAUACUGUGGCUCGUUUAUGCCUCUGCUUUCUCGCAUGGUCUUAUGAGACGUUGCGUAUUUCAAUACCCAGAAGAGCAUUUGUCUUCUUAGGUUUCGUUGUGUACUUGAAGUUCCAAGUCUUUUGUAAAAAAAAUGUUAAGUAGCUGGUGUUGCUACUGGAUCCCUGGAUUAUUCCAUUUGUCCAUCCAGAAAAGUUCCUGUUUAUCCUCUACCUUCUGUUCCUAUUUCUAAGCCAAUGCUUUAAGACAUAACAUCUGUUCCGGCCUAUUCUGUCUCCAUGUGGCCUUAACCUCUUAACUUCUGUACUCAGUCUCACUCUGUACAUUAGUACUCUGUACCUCGUGGGGCUUUGUGGAGGCAAAAAUAAGAUGCUUAAGGGUUGUCUUCAAGAGAGGUUCUACUUUUAAAGUGAUUUUAUAAAAGCUCCUUGGCUUAGAGAUGAGAAACUCUAGAGCUCUAAUUCUUUUCCUAUUCUUGUUUUGCUAUUUUUAUUUCUGAAAAGUGAUCUCUGUCUGAAUAGUCUUUACUCUGGUUUUAACUUUCUUCCCAUUAACCCUUUUCACACUGAAAUUGUCCUCUCUAUCUUAUCCGUGCUCUGAACAUUUUACUUAUAGAGCCAAAGCUAAUUUUCCCACAGCAAAUCCUACCUACUUUUCCUCCCAUCACUGAACAAAUUACUCCAUAAACAAGCACUUGGCCUUGCACACAAGAAAUCAGAAGCUAAUGAGACUCACUCUGGCCCUGAGAAGAUUUGACCUUGUGCCUUGGCUUCCCCACUUAAGCUGAGGUUAAUUCUUCUAUUUCACAGCACCUGGGUGUUGUGAAUUCUGACUAAUAAAUGGUGGAAAGCAUUUUGCAAAUGUCCUGUGCUAUAUAAACGUGUAGCGAAUAAUCUGGAGAGUCUUCAAGUCAAAAUGUAUUCUUGUGCAGCUCAAUUCAAAAUACUAAUCUGCCCAUUGUUUUCGUUAAAAUAUUUCACUAACCUGUUUCUUCCCUUUUUUUUCUUUUUAAAAAUAUUUUUAGUAAAAAUUAGUUUUCUAGUCGUUUGAACUAUGUAUAGGAAGGAACCAAUAGUAUAUAUUCUUGCUUGUCAGAAAAUGCUCAAAUUGUCUUUUAAGUGUUAAAACUAAAAGGGUUACAUAACAGUGUAGUGAUGUAAGGAGGAAGAUUUUAGCUCAAAUAUGGCAAAACAUCGAAAUACAAAGAUUAGCUUUGAUUUUCAAGAUUGUAUUAUAAGUAGUAGGGUUAAUGUGGUUGUUAUAGAUAUUCUUUAUUUUUAAGUUACCAGAAAUUAUCUUUUAUUUUUGAACUCUAUGGUUCUUGACAUGUUUUGAAUAAAGUUUUUAUCAACUAAA